CCCCGCCCCCGCCCCCCCACACUGCCGCCGCAACACCGUGGUUCGGGCCCCGCUGCGUCGGGAUGAGCCGCGUUUCUCCAUGGAGACCAAACGGGCCGAGAUCCCCAGCAGCGUCUUGGACGACCUCUGCAGCCGAUUUAUUUUGCACAUUCCAAGUGAAGAGAGAGACAAUGCAAUCAGAGUGUGUUUUCAGAUUGAACUUGCCCAUUGGUUUUACUUGGACUUCUACAUGCAAAACACACCAGGAUUACCUCAGUGUGGGAUAAGAGACUUUGCUAAAGCUGUCUUCAAUCACUGCCCUUUUUUACUGCCUCAAGGUGAAGAUGUGCAAAAGGUUUUAGAUGAGUGGAAAGAAUACAAAAUGGGAGUGCCAACCUAUGGUGCAAUUAUUCUCGAUGAGACACUUGAAAAUGUUCUUUUGGUUCAGGGCUAUUUGGCAAAGUCUGGUUGGGGAUUUCCAAAAGGGAAAGUAAAUAAAGAAGAGGCUCCUCAUGACUGUGCUGCUAGAGAGGUGUUUGAAGAAACUGGCUUUGACAUAAAAGAUUAUAUCUGCAAAGAAGAAUACAUCGAGCUGCGAAUUAAUGAUCAAUUAGCACGACUGUACAUCAUUCCAGGAGUUCCCAAGAACACAAAAUUCAACCCCAAAACUAGGAGGGAAAUUCGGAAUAUUGAGUGGUUUUCCAUCGACAAAUUGCCAUGCCACAGAAAUGACAUGACCCCAAAGUCCAAGUUGGGUUUGGCACCUAACAAAUUCUUUAUGGCAAUUCCCUUCAUCAGGCCAUUGAGGGAAUGGAUUUCCCGAAGGAACGGAGAUUCCACAGAUAGCGAUAAUGGAUGUUCAUCUGCGGGGAGCACAUCCUCUAGGCCCAACUUGGAAAAAGCUAGAUCCAAACUUCGCUGUAGUCAGCAGGUGUUUACAGAUGGCUCUUCAGGAGAGCAGUGGGUGAAGCCAAAACAGCCACAGAAGCCAUAUAGUCAUCCUGAGAUGUCAGAAGCUUUGAAAAUAAAGAGUCAGAGCUUGAGGAGCAAUGGCAGAAAGCAGCAUCAAGACACUUCUACCCAGAAGAAGCGAACAAACGGAGUCCAUGCUCAACCAGUUAAGCAAAACCAUACCUUGAAAUGUGAAAAAAGGCUUAAUACGAGAAGACUUCAAGAUAACUUUGAAACAGAUGCAGCAUAUGAGAUGUGUUGCUCCAGUGAAGACCCACUGCCAGAACACGUAGAGGGACAUUCUGUGGCAUGCAAUGGCCAUUACAAAUUUGCAUUCUCAUCAAGAGCUUUCUUGAGUUUCAAGUUUGACCAUGAUGCCAUAAUGAAAAAUUUUGACCUCUGACAGCAAAAUUAUUAGGAGCAAAAAUCAGACUUGCCUGUUGCAAUUGAGGGGGUUUAUUAUCCAGCCUUACUCUUUCUCAGGACUUUUUUGUUUUGUUUUGUUUGAUUGAUUUCUAAAUGCAAUGCAGGGACUGACUGAUGGUUUGGAAGGGUUUGUUCUUUUUGCAGUAUGGGAGUGGCAUAGUCAAGUGUUGCACUUUAAAUGCAGUAUAGCCUUUGUCCACAAAAGUACAAAGUACCUUUCCAGUGUUCAGUUCACUUGUUCCUAGCUGUGCGUUAGAGGGCAUUUUUUAAUCUUUGGUUGUUGUUUUUUGUUUUUUCUUUUUUUUAACUUGCUGUGUGUUUUAUAGAAUGUCAUUGACUUUUUUUUUUUUUAACUGUUAGCAUAUACCAGCUUGCUAAACCUUUAAAUGCUCUGAUGUAAAUUAUUGGAUUUGUUAGUCAUUAUUGUGUAGCACAUUGCAAUAUUAUGGCAGUGGCAAUGAAACUGAUUCUCAGAGGACUCCUCUGUGCUAGUGAUUUUGAAACCAAGUUGCACAUUUCAAACUUAGCCUCAGCCUGUCAUCCUUUCUCUGUCCUGGUUGCUUGCCCAAAGUAUCUUCCCUCCUUCACCCUGAUAAUUUCUGUUGGCUGGCAAUCAGUAGCACUUGGAGUCAAAUCUAUAGCAUGUUGACUUCUCGUACCUACUCUGCCUCUGUCUCCAGUAAGGAUACACAAACUGGGUAGAAUUUAGCCAUUCAAAGUGUCUAGCUUCAACUCUUAAGCACUGUCCCCAGCUGGGUAAGAAGUUGCAAGUUUUUGUGUCAGCCCAGUUGCAGCUGCUUUCAAAAACGAAAAGCUUAAACUUUGUGAGAGGUUACUUGUGUAGAAUUUAUACUGAAUGUAAAUAAGCCUCUGUAGAUCUCACUGAGGAGGAAGGCAGGUGCAUGGAUAAUAGAGUCAUUGUGUGACACUAAACGGCUUAAUCGGGCUUGCAAUAAUUAUUCUAAGGGUGUCCAGUAUCGUAUUCUGUGCUGUUGUCCUCAGAUCUGUUGUGUAGUGUAUGCUCUGUAUAUAUCCAGUGGUAUUGAAUUGCACUUGCAGUUAGCAUUUAAAUGAUGUAGCCUCAGUUGUUUUCAGCUACAACACUUUCGUAGUAAAAAUAUCAAAGAUGGGGGGGACACACCAAAAAACCAGUAAGAGUUGAGGUGACAAACUGUUAAAUCACCUUCAUGAUUCAAGUUACAGGGUUUUGAACACGUGCUUUGCAGCUGAGAGAAAUGCACUGUCACAGCAGCUUGUGGUAGCAAGCAUGUUGUCCCAGAUUUAAAAAUAGACUUUUCUCUAAAAUAAAGGUGAGUAAUUGGUGACACCAUAGGUUGAAUGAACUACGCCCAUGUCUCAUCACAGUGUAUGCUCAUGCACCGAGUCUUUAUGCAACUCAUGUGUCAUCCAAAACCAAAAUCCUGGUCUUCCUUCAACCACCCUACUUCAUCCAUCCUACCUGAUCUGUUACCUAGUGCUUUUCCUCAGAAAUAGCUUUAGAAUUAUCUCCUGGUUUAUUUACCUGCCUGGUACCAGGUGAUAUGGGAUUCUAAUGCUGUAAUAAUCUUGGUGAUGGGAAUGCUGGGCUCCUGUAUGAGUCAACAGGAGAAACAGACUGCAGCAUUUCCUCCUUCUGGAGGACAAGAGUCUUGAGGGCCUUGUCUUUCAAGACCAAAUUGUGAAAUAGCUCAAUUUAGCUUUGUCUCACUUUGUUUAAAAAAAAAAAAAAAGUUAAAAAAAAAGGUAUCCAAAGGCUGUUCAAAACAGUACAUGGCAAAGAACAGUAAUUGAGAAGGUGGGAUAACGCUGGAGGAGGUUUAUGUUAUUCAGCUUCAGGUGAAAACUAAUGUUUAGUUACUUCUUUAGUGCAAGUAGUUGAUUUCCCAGCAAAAGUGCCUUUACUCAUGGUGAGGCAGAAGUUUGUAUUCAUAUCCUGAGGCUGCUACUGCCUGUGGAGUUCACAAGACUCUCCUAAGGCAUGAUUAAAUAUCAGGCUGUGGAAAUCUUUAAUAAGUAAGUUGACUUUUCAGAUAAAUUACAGUUAUAUUUCAUGUAGUGCUCUGUGAAAUAAAGGGGAUAUUGACAAAGCAGUGAACUUGGAGCUUCUGCCAGUUGUUUGGGAAAUCAUGUCCCAGACAGAGGAAAUCUUUAGCACGAAGCAAGUGUGUCCUAUGAAUAGGAGUUGCUGGCUGUCCUCUGUAUUCACUGGGUCAUUUUUUUCUUAGUGAAAGGUUGGUCUUAAGAGGAGUGGGUUGCUUCAUGAAGCAACCCAAAGUGGGGCUUAUACAUAUGUCAUGAUUUUAGUAAAUCUAGCCUUAAUGUGAGUUGCAAAUAAAUGUGAUAAAUAUGCAAUAACUUCUUUGUAUAAGGGUACUGUUUCUUGUAGUAGCAUUGCUUUUUGCUUUCUCAGUAAGGUUUCUAAAACAAUGUAAGUGUGGUGGCAUGUGAUCUACCUUAUGGGUUCUGUCAUGCCCUGCACUGUGAACAUUUUUUUAUUGUUUACUAUUGUUUAUGUUCUUAUUUCACCAUCCUUUUAUAAUUAAGUAUAUUUCUAAGUUUAGAAGUACAGUUUACAUUAUGUUCUGUAAAACAGUGAAGAAGUAACAAGUUUAGAAUAGAAUUUAGUUCUGUGAGUUUUUAUUUUGUCGGAGCUAGACACAGUAAUUGCAUGUCAGACUCGAGAGCUGAUGUCAAGAUACUUGAAAAACAAACAUUUCUCAAUUUGAGAAUGCUUGCCUGUAAGGGGUUAAUCAGAUUAUGAAUGGUCAUUCAAUGUUCUUGAAAUUAAAGAACUUGUGGAAUAAACAAAUGUUUAACAAAAAAAAAAAAGCCUACAAAUGUGUGGGUGCUGGGAAUCUAGUCCUAGUUUGCAGUUUCUAGUUCUACAUAAACUCCCUGCUUUAGUGCGAGAUUUUUUAGCAUCUCUCCUUCACAGAAUGCUCUAAACUUUGAACUCAGGCUGAAGAGUGAUCUGCCUAAUUGAAUGACAUAUAUUCUGUGCUGAAAUGCUAUUAACUUCAACUCCUCGAUGUACAUGCAUGCUUUUGAAAGUAGCUGUUGUCUUACCUAGUUUGAAGUCUGGAAACAGUGGUACUGGGAAGAAGAGGGGAAAUAGCUUUAUUUAUUGCACAAUCAAAGUAUUUUUUUAACACAAUGUAAAUUCUUUAGACCAAACUUGCAUAAAUAGUUUCUAAUAAAAAGUUGGGCCUAGUCACUGUUCCAGGCUUCUAUGCUGUGCUCCAACCUUCCUGAUUUAAUUUGGUGAUUUGAGAACAAUUCUGUGUUUUUUCCCUUCACCUAUCUGUGGCUGUUAUAAAUGUAACAGUUCCUUUUAAAAACAAGGCAGGCUUUGGGUCUGGCUGUUCCCAGCAGACUUGCUCUCAGAUAAGAAAUUAUUUUUUCCAACUUUUACUUACUGUAGUAGAGUUGCUUUUGUUGAUUUGCAAUUUAUAGCAGCACUCACGUCAUUCUGGUGUGAAGAGCAAGAGUCUGCAUUGAGAAUCCAAGCUCUAAUAUCCUGUCGUGCGAGAUGGCACUGCUGCUCCACGGGUGGCUGGCUGUCCAGUUGUUGGGUCAGUGGGCUGUUUAAUCCUUGGCUACCUGUUUUUUAUAAAUUCUGAGCAACAAGAGGGUUUUCUUUUUUCAGAGGUAAAGUCAGGUGCCUUCAUCUUUUAGAUUAGGAGGUUAUACUCUAAAUGUGUUACGAAGCUCAGAAUUAUUGAGAACUGAUUGAAUAGCCUCUCUUGUUGAUGUAAAAUCUGUUUAUUUACAGAAAUUGCGUCUUGCACUGUAUAUGUUAAAUAAUCUGGUGCUUAUACAUGACAUCAUGAUUUCAGAUUGCUAUUACAAUAUUUCAGCUUUUGAAGCAACCAAAAUUAUUUAAGAUAAGGUAGAUUUCUACAAGCUAACUGAAGGUGCUUUUACAGUAAAUUAGGCUUGGAAAUGUCACUGCUCUUGCAUAAUAGGUUUUUGUUCUUAUGCAUUUAUAGCAAUAGUGUAGUUCAAGAAUGAAAGUAGGCUAAAUGCUAGUAUUUGCACUGUUCUUAAUCCUGUACAUAAGCACCGGUCAAGGCAGUAGGAUUUAUGCUGUGUCUGCAUUUCACUGUUUCAAAUAGAACUCAAAUGGAAGACGUAUGUUGAUACAUAGCAAUUAACUUGCCAUAUUCAAGAUCAUACAAGAGGAAGAAUUCUGGAUUAGUAGUACUGUGUUAAAAUUAAGUGCUCGGGUUUUAACUUGUCUUUUAAUUCAAAAUGUUAGGUUAAGCUAGACUUAACUUACUGUAUAGGUUCAGCUUUACAGCAACCUUUAUCUUUAAAUUGUUCUCAGCUCUGGGAUACUUCUGGGAAGGAAGUAAAAGUGUCUUCAAUUCCUCCUUCAAUACUUGCAGAAGUAAAGAAAAGAAAGCUUGCUUUUUAACUACUUAUCAAAACUUCACAGGUUACAGAAUGUUUCAAUUGGAAUAGGUUCACUAUGAAAUUUAUGGGAAAACACUUGAGUAUUUUGUCAGUGUUGGUCACUUCUAUUACUGAUCAGAAGAACUAGCUUCUAGUUUCCAUUAUGAGUUAGUUCAGUGCCUUUAAAAAAAUGAUUACAGCUCAUGCAGCAUUAAUCAUUUUAAAACAAGGCAUUUAUAGCUUUUUAAGAUAAUAGAUCCUGCAAACUCAGUUCUCUACAAUGCACUUCCCACUGUCAGAAAAAACUUACUUUCCAAAUUUUUUAAAAGGCAUGUUUGAGCAAAAUAACUAAACUAGGGAGAUGAUCUUAGUGGUUGGGUAUAUAUUUUUGUUAUGCAGGAAAAGUAUGCAAAACUGCAUGAUUAAGAGCUCUCAGCAAAUACUUCUCAAGCCUAUACUUUAAAACAGGAUACUUCAGUAAUUUUACUAUGUCUGCAUGGCACUGCAGUGUGUGGAAGCUGUUCUUCAGCCCUGAGGAGCAGCUUAGCUGGGUUUGCAAGGCACUUUAACUUUAGAAAGCAAAACAGACUCCACAGAAGAAGGUGGGGUUGCGUUCAUUAAUUUUGGCAUAAUGCUAGAUUGCUCUAUGUGUUCUAGGACCCAGGCUGACUCAAGUAUUUCUGCCCAAAAAUAACACUUUUCUGUGCAGCACUGCAUGCCUCGCAGAAAAUGGAGAGCCAGUGUUUUAUUAUAUGGCUCUUUGCAUGAAGGGUUAUGUCUUCCUCCUGUUUGUUUAAAGCUCAAGAACUUGAUCUGUUUUCCUCACUGGUAUGUAAGUGGCAUAUCGGUGCUAGAAAGUACGUACAGCUAAUAGGGUUAAAACCAUGUAAAGUUACAGAUUUUAUUCCAUUCCCAUUAUUGUACCUUGAAGAAAGUUUGCAUUAGUCAACUCUUCAAUUUUAGUAAAUAAAAUCUGUAACUACCUGUAAUAUCUGUUGUACUGAUGGUUGUCAUUUUGUUACUCACAGGUUCAGAAACUGAAGCACACCAUUUAAGAGGCUGACUAAAUUGCCAUUUUCUUCUAUUCUGUAAUUUUUCUCUGCAAAAUUAAAUGAUUUUAUACAUAAA